AUGUCGGUGUGGAAAGCGAGGCUCACCAAAAGCCUGACGUUCUCAUCUGGAAGGAUGCACUUCUUUCCAUGCUCGGCUCUGCUGGCUUGUUUUGGUAACACCAGGGAGAAUGCUGCCUUUGAUCAGUCCAGCUCAGCUGAUACUCACUCCACCAUCAAUGUCCAGCCCAUGGCCAAAGCAGGCAGGCAUCCAAGUCACCCCAAGGUAGAAGAAGAAAGAGCUUCGGAGAAAAGGCGAGAUUCUGAUAUGCACUCAGAGCAAAAUGGUGGUGCCAAUGGCAACAACAGCAAACACAACGUUGUCCAGCCCGCAGAGACCCUUGAGAAUGUGCCCCGGUGCCUAAGUGAUGAACCAGACCGCGAGGCAGUUACUUUCCAGACAUCCAUCCCUAGACCAUCAAUUAUUGACACGCCGAAGGAAGAAGAAUCGCACCAAGAGAGCGAGUGUCCUGAGCUGGAAGAGAAGAUGCUGGCAGACAGCCCGCUUGAGGACACUGACCCCAAAGACUUCUAUCUCAAUCCAAGAAACAUCAUGGCUGAGCCAGACUACAUAGAGGAUGACAAUCCUGAACUAAUUAGGCCCCAGAAACUAAUCAACCCUGUCAAAACAUCCCGAAAACAUCAAGACCUCCACAGAGAGCUCCUUAUGAAUCAAAAAAGGGGUCUUGCCCCUCAGAAUAAACCAGAAUUGCAGAAGGUGAUGGAGAGGAGAAAACGGGACCAAGUGAUAAAGCUGAAGGAGGAAGAAGCACAAAAGAAAAAAUCUGAUCUGGAAAUAGAACUAUUAAAGCGGCAGCAGAAGUUGGAGCAGCUUGAACUGGAGAAGCAGAAAUUGCAAGAAGAACAAGAAAACGCCCCGGAGUUUGUGAAGGUGAAAGGCAAUCUCAGGAGAACAGGCCAGGAGGUGGCCCAGGCCCAAGAGUCCUAGGCCCAGGCUGCCUGUGACCUGGCGUGUCCCCACCAUCGCUGUAGGAGCCAUGUCUAGGUACCUCUGUAGCGCUCGUCUUGGACCACAGUCCUGAGGAAGAGAACCCAGACAGCUGAGAAUUUUGACUAUCAAAAAGGAUCGGGUUUGAUUUGCCAUCGUAUCAUGCUAGAUGAAUCGUCUUUGACGGUUGCUGUUCCCACUCGCCAAAUGAACGACAUUGACCAGCACAUAGCACGUGUGUUAUCAUGCACCUGUGGUUAGAGACUUUAGACAAAGCAAAACACAAAAGCAAGCGAACUAGAAAGUGGACACUGGAAUAACACUUGAGGGUUGCGCUACUCAGCUUUUUUUUCCAUUCCAAGUUUAGUGGGACACAGAGCCUUGUUCUUUUCAAAACUAAAGAAAUUGUGUGGAAUCCUUCCUUUGGUUAACUGUGAUUUAAUUGCAUCAAAAUGCUUUUCAUCUGUCAUGUCGAAUAUUUGUAUUUCAUUUUGAGAACCCAGAAUUUUCUUGUUUAAUGUAUAUCCCCCUCACAAUACAAAUUAAGAAUGGAAGAUGUUAGUCUUUAACAUUUAUGUUUAGCUAUACCUGUUUCCUUGGUUGACAGUGAAAUUCAGAAAUAGGAUAAGAAGUUUUGACGUGUCAGCGCCUACCACGAACUUGGUAUAAUUUCUCUAGGUUCUCAGUAUGAUAUGCCACAUGCUGCCUUUCCACUUCCAAGAAGGCACAUUGUGACUGUUCCUUUAUUGUUUUGAUGACCGUAGGCUUUCUCUUCAGUUUUAGUUUAUGAUUUCUUGCUCAACUUGUCUUUUUAGAUGAAGCAAUUCCUUAGUUCUUUGGGGGAUUGAACCAGAGUGUGUAACUCAGCCUCUGUGUCCCAUAGUGAGGCCGGAUCUUUUGAGUUCUCCCGAGAGCAGUAUAGAGGAGGUUGUCCAUGAGGACUGAGUGACGAGGCCGUUAGAUACUGAAUGUGAUACAAAUAGAGAUCCAUUUCUAGGAGCAGUAUAGAGGUUGUCCAUGAGGACUGAGUGACGAGGCCGUUAGAUACUGAAUGUGAUACAGAGUGUCUUUGAGUCUUAGCUUUAAACAUUUCUCAUGAGCGAUCACGUGUUUCUUUCCCCCUCUGUUUGUUGUGAAGAACGACUGUUCUGUGUUCUCUCAGCAUGAUGCUGUUGGUAGGGAUGGUCUUGACUACUGUGCUUCAUCUCUCAGGAAAAGCUGAGGGGCCGGGCAAAGCUGCUCAGUUUCCUCAUGCUAGCUAGCAUGCUGUUCAAAGAGACAUCUAAGUUAGAAAUAAUAUGAAAGUUCCCAUGCAAAAUAUAUUUUAUACUGCAGGCAUGGGGAUUUUUUUUUUUUUUUGUAUUUAGUGCUUCUCCCUAGAAAUGAUUUAGCCAGUAAUUUCUACACUGAAGACUUCUAUUUCCGAACUUUCAUGAUGCACAGAAUGCUGGGUGUAGUGCUCUGGAAUCCUUGAUUGGCACACUAGACGCUGGCUUUCACUUGGGAGCACCCACUUUGGUAGUUAACAGGCUCAAGCUCCAUCCAAGUUUGAUUAAGAAAUAGAUGGGUGGUAAUACACUGCUAGGUAGAGAAACUUGAGAGUUGAUUACAGUGAAAAUGGAUUUGUAGUCUUAUCAGCAAGUGUUAUCUAAAUAAAAUAUGAGAUGCUGAAGAUAAAAUUGUUUGCCUUUGAAGACUGGAUGACAACUUCGUCAUCCUUCUUUUUGAUAAAAGAAGGUUCAUUCCUGAUUGCUGGAAAAAAAUCUCCAAUGCACAUUGAUUAUUCUUUCUUUGUGUGUGGGGGGUAAUGAUGUCAGAUGUUAGGGUGAAAAAUUGGGACUGGCUCAGUCCUUUUUAUCUAACUGGACGUUAGCUCUUGCAAUGUGUAUCCCGAGAACAGUUCCACUGUGUGAUAGGAUCUUCAAGGGCCAUCACCAGCUCAUCAGGAAUAGGGCUGAUUCUGUUUCUAAACCCAAGGGACUCAUUCACAAACACAUUUCUUUCCUGGUUGCACUCAGACCUGUGAUCUUCCUUGGUGGUUAGUGCUGCAGGGUCUGGCCAAAAGAGGACUUGUAAAUAGCAGGAAGUGCUGGCUUCUGCUGGGUCCUGGGGCAUACAGGUAGUGAGGCUUGUCAGAGUCUGCAUUUUAAAACGCCAUCGCUCUUUCCUUGCUCCUAACACUGUGUAGUCCAAACCCCGAGGACUUGUCAACAUCUGAGCAGUGUUGUGCUUUAAGCCACUUUUAGGGGGGAAAAGGCUCCAUUUUUCCACUCUGUAGUUUUCUUAAAAUAGAUCUGUGUUUUGUAGUCUUCUGCUAGUAAAGUAGCUUGCUUUCUAAGCUAUAACAGUCGACUUUAUUCUUCUACUCUGAGAAUCUUGACCCGUUUGAGUGUACAUAAUAUAUAUAAAGGGAGCCUUAAUGGAUUUGUUUUCAUAAUUUAAUAUUUUUUGUAUUUGCUCUUGUAUAAUUGUUUUUUUAAUGGAAAGUAUUACAGAAUCAAGGGUGGAAUUCUUAGAACCAAAGUUAUUCUUAAUAAAAAUCACCAAUGCUUGG